GCUUGCUUGCUGUGCUCGUUGGUCAAGACUAUUGACCAGUUUGAGUUUGAUGGUUGUGACAACUGUGACGCCUAUCUCCAGAUGAAGGGGAACCGUGAAAUGGUUUAUGAUUGUACCAGUUCUUCUUUCGAUGGCAUUAUUGCAAUGAUGAGUCCUGAGGACAGUUGGGUCUCCAAGUGGCAACGGAUCAGUAAUUUCAAGCCAGGCGUGUAUGCUGUGUCAGUGACUGGCCGUCUCCCCCAAGGCAUCGUACGGGAAUUGAAGAGCCGUGGAGUAGUCUACAAAUCUCGGGAUACAGCCAUAAAGACCUAAGAAUAUUUUGUUCCUCAAAUAUUAUGUCUUUCCAGCUUCCUUUUCUUGUAAAUGCUGCCAUAUGGACUAUUCUAAAGAUAUGGAGGACGAUCGGUACAUGGAUCAGGUUUUUAUUAAGGACUUUUAAUGGGCAGCCUACUAGUGGCUCCAUUCUUCUGGCUUUGAACUAGAUAUGAAAGGGGGGGUUCCUGAAAGACUUAAGGAAGUGGUGACACUAAUUCCCAAGCGUUUCUGAUUUCUCUUAGCUGUUUUUAAUAAAUUUGGUCAUAGCAUCAGGAACCUGUGCUCUGGCUUUUGCUGUUAAAAAGUUUUUUGUCUUCCUGUAAUAGGUGAGGUGUUCUAGCCUGCUUGGUCUCAAUUUGUAGGAUUUUCUCUGAGAGGAGUACUACAUAUUCCAUGAAAGAUAGAAAUAAGAUUUUCUCUAUCUUUCAUGGAAUAUGUGGUGGUAUUUUUGAUUCAAGACUUCCAUGUUAGUUAAAUUUUUAAAGAAUCUUUUCCUCACUUGGCCAUAUUUUUGCUUAAGGCAGCUUUUUGUACAAGAAUCGGCUCUUUUUUUAAUGCACUGAACUGUAAAUUAAUCAAAUGGCUUGGGUUCAGUCAACAUACUAAGCUAUUAAAAGAUUGGUCUAUCUAUAUGCUGUAUGAGCAAUGAAGCAACGAAGCACAAUAGACCUGUGUAAACACAGCAGAUAUUGGUCAGAUUCAGGAUCAGCUCACAGUUCACUGGGAUCUUAGCAUACCCAACCUCUUUCCCCUUCAAUUAUUGCUGGGACAAUUAUGUCAGGAGAGUUUCUGAUGGGGAUCAUCUGUCCAUCUGCUGAGUCUGCUUAGGUUUCCGUGUAGCAUAUCUCUCCUGUUCUACUCCUAGUAUCCCACUGUGAAUCAUCAGUUUCCGGUUGCUCUGAGCAGCAGGACACCCGCAGCUUCAGCAGGGGGACCUGCAGACUAGCAGAGAUCAAAUUGCAGGAUGUUCGCUGCCAUUUGUGUGGCAUGAUAAUCAUCACAGGGACGUCAUGGAGAAAAGAGGCGGAAGAAGUAUUAGGUAUGUCCACCGCCUUGAGUUACUUAUAAAGUAAUAAAGAUGGGAUUAGAAACCUAUUAAAUAAAUCGAUAAAUAAUACAAGAAGGUAAUAUUUUCCAUGAUGGGCAUUGCCCUAGGGCUAAGGGUUAUGGGUUACAGGUUGCUUGACUACGUCUUAAAACUUGGGUGUAAAACCGUCUUGUAGAUGUUCACACAGUCUCUGAAAGCUUUUAAGUUUGACUCCAGAGUCCUAAAUUGCUAUUGAACUGUAAUGUUUGGUGUGAAAGAAGGAAAGAAGUAAAUAUAUUGGGAGCAAUAAAAUUAAUGGCAAUGUAAUUUGCAUUACAUGAAAUUAAAAAUAUUUUUUUGCCCUUCA